AUGUCGAGUAUCAACGCAACGUCAUUGAUCGCCUCGGUUGUCCUCAUCUCCCUCUCAGCGCUCUUCUCGGGGUUGACCCUGGGGCUGAUGGGUCUCGACCAAGUGGGGCUGCGGAUUGUGAUAGAGAGCGGGGAGAGACCCGAAGCCUCAGCCUCAGAUGCGCGCUAUGCUCGGAGGAUCCAGCCGUUCCGCAAGCGCGGCAACCUCCUGUUGUGCACGCUCCUCUUCGGGAACGUCGCCGUGAACUGCCUGCUGUCCAUCAUCAUGGCGGACAUGACCUCUGGGUUCGCAGGCUUCCUCAUCUCAACCUUGUCCAUCGUCAUCUUCGGCGAGAUCAUCCCGCAGUCCGUGUGCUCCCGCCAUCCUCUUGCAAUCGGAUCUGCCUGCAUUCCCCUUGUUUAUCUCUUCGUCAUCCUCACCUUCCUCGCGUCCUACCCCGUGUCCCUUAUCCUUGACCAGCUCCUGGGGGAGGAGAUCGGAACGAUAUACAGCCGCAACCAGCUCAAGGGUAUGCUGGAGAUGUAUGCCAAGAUGCAGGACACAGACUUUCAGCAGGAGGACACGAACAUCAUGGCAGGCGCUCUGGAUUUCGGCAAGAAGACCGUCGGGACGUGCAUGACGAAGAUUGAAGAAGUUUUCAUGCUGCACAUGGACGACAACUUGAACUUCGAGACCAUCAUGAAAGUUUUCCAGGCGGGUCACUCGCGCGUUCCCGUCUUCGAGGUCGAUCCCCACGGGAUCAAGAAAGUCGUCGCGCUCCUCUUUGUGAAAGAACUCAUCCUCGUCGACCCCGAAGACGCCCUACCUGUCCGCAUGCUCUGCCACCACUGGUUUGGGCGCGACAUCCCCAUCGUCUUCAACGACUGCAAGACGUCGGAAGUGAUGAAGGUGUUCAAGUCCGGCAGGAGCCACAUGGCCCUAGUGCAGGCGAGCAGGAGCGAAUUUGUGGAGGGGAGAGAGAGUGACAGGAUGGGCAGGAGGUUGUGUGUGUUGAUGACGGAGACCCUUACUACAAGACUGUUGGCAUCAUAA